GCCCCGCCCCGCCACCGCCCCGCGCCGCCUGCGCCCGCCGCCGCUGCCUUUUCAGGGCCUUCUGGGAGUUGUAGUUUCGCCCGUCGCGCUGUGCUGGUGAGUUGCAUCCUGGGACAGCUGUGUCCGGGUUCGGCGGUGUGCGCAGCAACUGGGCGCCCAGGGCAGGAUCGUCCCGGCUCCCUCGGCCGAGCGUUUUCGUUUUCCGCCACCGGCAGCGUUUUGGCCCGCAGAGGUGAAGGCUGGCACCAUGGACGUUAACCAGCCCAAGCAGGAGCACUUGCUGGCUCUAAAAGGUCCUGUUUUCCACUGAUCUUUGCAGCACGGGGCAAGCAAGUGCUUAUAAAUAAGAUGUUUCAGUCUAGAUUUGAGAAUCCUAAUCAAGAAACCAUUCCCUUUCUUAAGAAUAACUGGAUUCCUCCUGUACAAGCAUGGAAGUGGUCUUGCAUUAUCGACCACAUCAGAGAGAUCUAGUAAAACUGCAGAACUUUGCAGAAGCAGCAGUGAAGGAGUUUCCCAUUCGUCGGUUACCAAGAUUUACACCCUGGUUUCCAAAUGAUUUAUACAGACUUCCCCUCAAACCAAAAAAGCAGCCACCUGUUAUUUCUUGUGAGGAAGCAGAAGAAUUAAAACGACUUUCUACACCUUCAGAAUGUGUUACAGGAGCUCCUGAUUGUGACUGCACAAAGUACCUCCUUGAGUUUCAGUCUAACAUGAAACACAAACAGACUUUAAUCCAAGCACAGACUGUUCACAGACCAAUUAACUUGGAGAAUCAAGGAGAGCCAUCACCUAAUGGAAAACAAAAAUUGAAAAGGUCUUGGAGUGUCUCUCUCCCUAGCCCUAAGCUUAAAGAAAAGAUCCUUCCUUUAUCUCAAGAACUGCAAAAUAAUUUGGAAAGACUAAAACUGCAUGCAUUUUACAGAGCAAAGUGGACAAUUGAAGAGUCUAUUUGUAAUAAUGAGAAUUUGGAGGACAUCUGGGUAAAGCUGAAUAGACUCAUCAAGCAGAAUGAAUUGCCAUCUUGCAACGCUACUAUCCAAAGAUCUGUGGGACAGAUAUGGAUUUUCUGUGAUAUAUUGUACUGUGAAUAUGUUAGAAAUAUUCUUAGAGAAAAGCUAAGCCUUACUGAUAAGAUGAAUUUACUCGUACAUAAAUUUGGAAUUAUAUUUAGUUUGUAAUCUUAAGAUGGAGAUAAAAUUGCUAUCUGAAGUACUGGAGUUUUAAAGCAGCUUAGGCUAUACAAGCUUUAGAACAGCUGAUUAAUUAAUGAACACAUUAAUUUCUGAUUAAUGAAUUAAUCAGAAAACGCCUGACAAUUUGCUACAGUUUUUUUAGCUGUAAUAAUUAUUUAUUAAGAUGAGCAAGUUUCUGCUUGGCUUAAUACUGCAUUUUAUAGCUUUUCUUUACCCUGGUGGUCUAAAGGACAAAAAUUAAAAUAAAAAUUCCAGACUAUUAUGGCAAGCUGUGUCAGAUAAUAAAAUUAAUUUCAGUUAAGCAAAGUCCGUCCUCACUGUGCUUCUUGGAAGUUAGGAGAAGGAAAAGUAAUUUAAGUGAGUUGCUAUAAUUGCUAUAAAGGUUCUGUAAUUAUUUUGACACUGAGACUUUCAAGAUAUGAUUAUUUCCUGAAAGUAGUGUAUGUGGGUUCUUCAAUGAAGGCAUAACCCUCACAUGAAAUCAGACUUACUUCUAUGCAUGUAUAAACUGCUUUAGUAACAGUUUAGCACUUGCUGGUUUAUGACUUCGGUAAUGAGAUUCUGCCCCUCCCUUCCCCUGGAUGUUUCUGGUCUUCUAUCUCUAAUUAUAUAGGGGAACAAGAAAACACUAACUUCUGGCUACAGGUCAGGAAAUUAAGAAAUUGGACUUCCAUUUGUGAAUGUUUAUUUGUUGUCAUUGUGGAAGGUAAAGGUCUCCAAGGCUUUUAAAGCAUUUUAUGUUAAUGAAAGGCAGAAUUCAGCAUGACUUUUUUUCACCUGAAAGAAUAAAUUGUUUCAAGGCCACGCUGUCCCUGUCCAAUCAGGGGGUCAGUAAAGCAGUUAAAUGGCGAUCAGUAUAACUGUAAGGGUAUGUAUUUAUGUUAGGCACCCCUACUAGCUCCAGAUAAUUUUGCUAUAGGUGGAGGUCAAGGUCUGUGACAUCUGGAAGAGGAGGAAAAUAAGUGAAUGGUAUUUGUAGAUUGUUAGAUUAUCAUUAACAUUGACGAAAUAAAAGUGCAUAUAAGCAUAACAAAGAUCUCUCUGUGUAAAACUAAAUAAAAUCCCCUUGGACUUUUCCUUAUGUUUUUCUUUUGAUGACAUUGUUAUGUCGGAAUAAUUACAUUAUUAUAGACAUUACAUAUCUUCUUGUAGCUUAAAGUUAAGGAUGUUGCUCAGUGUGGAUCAUUGACAUGUAUUUCUAAACUUUGACUGAAUAUUAAGGGAGUCUUAUAUUGACAUUUGGGUGUUUGAGACAUUUGGUAUUACCACUUAGCAAAAUUGGUGUAAAAUGCUGUCUAGAGUAACUUUGAGUCAUUAUUAGUUUUAAAGCUUGUAUAGCCAAGUCAUUUCACUGAAAUUAUUUUUCUGAUCUUAACACUAAUAGUAACAAGGUUUCUUUGUGCAUCAGCAUUUUGAAAGAUAUAAUGGAGUAGGAUGCAGCGUGAUUCAAGUUUUAUUUAAUGAUGUAUUUUGUGUCCAGGAUAUUAGAAGAACAGACCCGAGAGGUUGUUCUGCAAAGAUAGACUAUUUUAUAAUAUUAAUUUAGUAGUCCUAUUAAAUAUGAUAGUCUACAUAUCUUAAUUUGUGCUUUGACUUCAUUCCAUGAUCUAUUCAUUUAUUGUCUUGAAUGUGAAUAAACUUGAUCUGUUAGUAUUUCUGUAGAAACAGGCGGCAAGUACUAGUUUAUAUGGGCUUACUGUAAAUUUGAAUAAAAUUAGGUAACUUCCAGUAA